GAGAAAGAGAGAGAGAGCGAACGAGCGAGAGAGAGUGAGAGAGAGAGAGAAAGAAAGAAAGAAUGAGAAAGAGAGAAAGAAAACGAGAAACCAUUAAUGAAAAUACAAAUAUUAAAUGUAUUAAUUUAUCGGUAUUGAAUGUCGGGAAUGUAUAGCUCGAUGUGUUGUUCGAGCUGUAAAGUUGGAAUAUUAAGUCGUUACACUAAUAACACGAAGAAUAACAAAUGGCUGUUGUCCGAUUGGGGGAGGGCUGAACGCUAGCUCUUGCGGUCCCAAAGAGAGAUGUAUUUUGGGACAUUGUUUCUACUUAAAGUAAAUCGCGCAUUAAUAUGAUAGAUAGUCAAUGACACGUGUCGUGUCGUUAUUCAGCGUGAAUAAAGACGACGACGACGACGACGACGAUGACGACGACGACGACGAUGAUGAUGACGAUGACAACGACAACAACGAUGACGAUGACGAUGACAACGAUGACGGGAUAUAAUAUGAUCGUUGGUAGGGCUUUAUAGAUUAUCGAUAUCUUUUGUGCAAACACGUCGGAUUCUUACCUAAUCCAUGUAAGAAAAAGUACAAAUUCGAUUUGCGUGACAACUGACAGGAUUUUUAGACAUGUCAUACUUAUACUUGUUAUAUUAAUAGAUUUAUAUAGUGCAAUCGCGUGCGUGAAUCGUAUGCCGUGUGACCGUGGACCAAGGUGUGAAUGCCUCCAUGUGCGAGGGAACGAUGAUUAUUUCAAGUAGAACUUUUCUCAUAGUCUUUACGAAUAAUUCUUGGCUUCCGACCAUAUAUAUAUAUAUGUAUAUAUAUAUAUAUAUAUAUAUGUAUAUAUAUGGUACAAGUGAUUUCAAAUUUCUCUAAUAAGAUUCGUCUCAUUGAGUAUAACAUAUACGUAUGUGUGUAUCUGUGUAUGUGUAUAUAUAUAUACACCCUCACACACACACACACACAUCCGUAUAUAUAUAUAUAUAUAUAUAUAUAUAUAUAUAUAUAUAUAUAUAUAUAUAUAUAUAUAUACAUAUAUUACAUUUGUCAGUUCGGAUGCCCUGCCAAGAAGUUUUUAAAAGAGGAGAAGAAAAUCCUCGCGUUGAAGAAAAAAAAAAAAAAGAAAAAAAAAAGAAGAAAGCGAUCUAUACGUAUAUUAUAUGUCGCUUUAAAAUAAUUUUUACGACCCAAUGGAGUUGAUCGUUUUGAUUUAGUUCUGUGUUUUUCUUACUUUUUCUUUUUUCUUUUUUUUUUUUUUUUUCCUUUUUUUCUUUCUUUCCUUUCUUUAUUUUCUAUUAUAUUAUCUUUUUCUUAAUUUUAAUAAUCGUAGGAUUUUAUCGCUACCACCGUCGUAAUUAACUCAAUCGUUAAGCCUAUCAAUUAUUUCAUUUUAUCGCUUUUUCAGACGUUAUCACGCAAGGCCUUUAUUACGCCUGAUAAAUUCCAAAUUUUUAAAGAAAAAUAUAACAGUACGUUGUUUUACUUGGCGAGGGAAAGAAUCCCAUUGGAAUUUAUUAUCCUGAAUAUAUUUAACGUAUAUAAACUACGUGUAUUUAUGUUGGAAACAUUAGAAAUAUAAAUGAUUCGUAUUAAAUUUAUGUUUACAUAUUUAUAUGAUUAAUCAGUAAUAUCGAAGAUAAAGAGAGAGAGAUAGAAAGAAAGAAAAAAAGUUGCGGCUAAACUUUUUGACUGCCAUAUAUAUAUAUAUAUAUAUAAAUAAAAAAAAAAAAAAAAGAAAAAAAAGAAAAAAAAAAAGGAAAAAAGAAGAAACCCAAGACAAAAAAGAAAAAGAUCAAAGAAAACGCUCUAAUCUUCUAAAUAUACUUAUUGUACAAUAUAUUCAUGUGAUUAUCAUGUGAUUACCAUGCGCUCUAUACUCGUUAUCUCUAUCAAAUAACAAAUUCAGGAUCAUAAAGUCCAAUUCCAUUCCUUAAAUACACUAUAACGCGUAAUUUGUAUUAUUUAUUGUAUAUUGUAAUUAGCUCCUAGGCGGAUCUUAACACAGAACAAAAAUUUCACCAUUAUCUCGUGCUUACAUAUUAUAUAUAUAUAUAUAUAUAUAUAUAUAUAUAUAUAUAUAUAUAUAUAUAUAUAUAUAUAUAUAUAUAUACAUUAAUUUUAAUAAUUUUUAAUUUGACCUCGCGGGAUAAUCUUUUUGUAUUUUUUCCAUAUUAUAAAUAUCAUCGUUUCGUAUUCGCCUUUAUGUAAUAACUUUAUCUAGAUAUUGUAUUGUUAUAUUUUAUUUGUACAAUCGCGAAUACAACUCUUUGUAACUCGUUACCCAUAGAUAGAAAAAGGGAGGGAUUGGGAGAGAGAGAGAGAGAGAGAGAGAGAGAGAGAGAGAGAGAGAGAGAGAGAGAGAGAGAGAGAGAGAGAAAGAGAGAGAGAGAGAGAAAUUGAGAGAAAGAUUGAAAGAGAGAGAGAGAGAGAGAGAGAGAGAGAGAGAGAGAGAGAGAGAGAGACGAUGAAGACGUAGUUGCUACAUCCUUUACGCAGGAGAAGCGAUAAACUUUUUAUGGAAUGGUCAGAUAUAUCCAUCGUUUCGUAACAUACAUACAAUGUAUACAUUUGAAAGAAAAGAAGAGGAAGAAAAAAAAAAAGAAAAAAAAAGAAAACAUGAAAAAAAGAAGCACCAACAACAAACAAACAAACAAACAAAGAAUCGAAAACGUACGAUAUUAUGGUUUAGAAACUUAUUAGCGUAUUUAGAAAGAAAAUAGGUGAGCGAUGAAGUAUAAUUAAAUGAUACUAUUUAUUAAUCUACUUACGAUUAGUAUUUAUUUAAACGAGUUAUAACGUGUUAACUCGAAAGGGGACAGUUGUCUUGUUCUGUCUUUUCUUUUUUCUCUCUAAUUUAUUUUUUUUCUCUUUUUUUUUUUUUAUUUUUAUUUUUUUUUUUAUUUUUUUCUUUUCUCCUGUUAAUUUCGUAUUCUUUAAAACGAGUACCUUUUGUCAUGUUUGGUCCUCUAAAGUAUAUCGGACGAGCAGCCUUCGGAAAUAUUUCAUGGAUUUCUGUGCUGAAAGGAACUAUAUAAUAUAGAUGAUGAUGAUGAUGAUGAUGAUGAUGAUGAUGAUAAUGAUGAUGAUGAGUGGAACGAAAAAAAAAGGGUCGCGCGACCAGCGCAUUCAUGUUCUACUGCGGAAUAAGUGCGAAAAUAAAAGGAGAAGAAGGGGCUACAAAUUAAUAAUGAUCGUAUAUUACAUGUGUUUCAAAGAAAUGAUGUUAAAACUGUGACUGCAAUCAUUGCUGAGGGAAAAUAGCGCGUUUUAUUAAAGCACAUAAACAAAGAGACACGUUACAUUCACACUUACACACAUAUGUACAGAAUAGAAAGAUACGAUUGUAAGAUACAUUAUAUACAAACACACACAUACACAUACACAUACACAAGUUUACACACCUACGCAUAGCCAUACAGUUAAUAAACGAGUGCAAGCAGUAUCAAUGAGAUUAUCGACAGUGCGACGGUGUAUAUCGUUAACUAGAAAAUUUCUUCACGUGCGAAUGUUUCAUUUUUUUCUAAUCUUAAUUUUUAGUUCUAUAUACAAUAUAUAUAUAUAUAUAUAUAUAUAUAUAUAUAUAUAUAUAUAUAUAUAUGUAUAUAUGUAUAUAUACAUUUUUUUUGUUUUUAUUUCUUUUUCUUUCCAUUUUCUUUCUCUUUUUGCACGCGCCAUAUCCUUUCGUAUAUGUCGAAGAUUAAUAUUUUGCGUCAUAUCGAUUUUUAACAAUUUUCGAGUUGCGCUUUAAGAGCGAACAUUUUUGUUUGUAGAUAAAUGUUCUUUCUUUUUUUCUUUUUUUAUUAUUUUUUUUUCUUUUUCUUUUUUUUUUUUUUUUUCUUCUAUUAUAGUACGUAUCUGAUCUUUGAUUAUACGAGUUAUUUUUUUUCUUCUUUUUUUUUUUUGUUAAUAUUUUCUUUUUCUUUUUCUUUUUUAGAACAAAAUAUAAAUUAAUAUUGCUACGCGAGCGGGUGAGUACACGCGAACAAUAAUAAUGAAAAGUAAACGAUCCAUCAUAAUUUAAGCCUGCCAUUUGAGAGUUAUACAUGUACGUAGGUGAAAUAUGAUUAUGAUUAUGAUGGUAUAAUGAUAAUGAUGAUAACGAUGAUGAUGAUGAUGAUGAUGAUGAUGAUGAUGAUGAUGAUGAUGAUGAUGAUGACGAUACGUGGACAUAAAACUAAGCGGGAUGGCAAAAGAAAAUGUCUGUUUAACUUUAAAGAAUGUUUCACUUGGAAAGCGUCGUUCGUCGUCGUGUAAAAUAAAAAAAUGGAAAGAAAGUAAUGCGAAAAAUGUGAGUAUGUUAGAGAAAAAAAAAGAGAGAGAGAGUGAGAAUGAGAGUGAGAGUGAACAAGUGAAUGAAAGAUGAGAGAUAGAGAGAGAGAGUGAGAGAGAGAGAGAGUGAGAGUGAUAGGUAGUCGUUUAAUAACAUGGAAAAGAAAAUCUAUUACCGCAUCUUGCGUUGGUACCGGGAUGAACGGCGCUCGUUACAUUUUCCUUUUGUAACUGUAAUGAUACUUCUAUAGAUCUAACUUCACUGACGGCGAAUAACUGGCAAAUUGUAAGAAAUUGAUGGUAACGAUGAAAUUCGUAGAACGUACUAUUCUGUCGUUUGGUCUCUUAUUAAUAAUAUUGCACAUAUACGCACGUUUAUGCCUAGAUAAGGAAAGAAAGAGAGAGAGAGAGAGAGAGAGAGAGAGAGAGAGAGAGAGAGAGAGAGAGUGAGAGAGAGAGGAAGAGAAAGAGAGAGAGAAAGAAUGCAAGAAAAAAUGAAAAAACAGCGUAAGAGGAAAAAAUUGCAACAAGAAUAACAACAACAACAACAACAACAACAACAACAACAAUAAUAAUAAUAAUAAAAAUCAACUGUACGUCGUACGGCUAUCGACAGAAAUAAUAAAUAAAAGAAAGUGUCUCAAGUAAAGAAAAAGAAAGAAAAAAAAAAAAAAAAAGAAAAAAAAGAUAAACCAGCCUUAAAAUAACACAAGUGUGUAUAUAGCUAUAUGAAAUGUAUACACAUCUCGUUCAUUAGCGAUAAGUUCGCGACACGGUCCACCGAAAUAAACGCGUGCUCGCAUCCACCCACCCCCGCCCACCCGCCUGCCCCCCCUCCUCCCUCAUUGGAGGAGACUACUCGCGUGAAGAAUGAUUUUAAAGUGUCAAUAUUGUUACAAAAUAUACUACUUCAUACGGGUCGAUGUAUCGCGCAUGUUCAGUAAUUGUUUGUCCGUUCGGUGAUUCUUUCGUUUAUUUAUAGUAUUAUACGAAGUGACAGGAGACUUCUACGAAAUGAAUCGAUAUAAUAAUAAAGGUGCGAAAAGGA